AUGUCGUGCUGCGCACAUGAUUUUCCGCGUCGAUCCAGAGUUUCUCGUCUGUGCGUCUUUAUCUCGAAUGUCUUCGUAUCGAGGAGAAAAAAUCAAUUAGCCAUUAUUAUUUUAUUUUUUUCAUCGUCGCAGGACCUGCCUUGCAAUACAACCAGCAACUUGCUGGUUCCGUAUGUCAAGACGGGCCGUUUUUUUCACCGAUCAUUCAUCUCCGUAAACAACGCCUACGGCAGAUUCCGAGCUGCUCGAUUGGUAUAGCCUCGCGCGAGGAUUUAUUAAUUCCCGCGUUUAUCCUCUUAGCAGCGAUAGCCAUGCCGGUGCCAAGCUUCGCUCCCACUACGGGCAUCCUAGGUCGAAUUCGGCGAUGCUGU